AUUAUUGCACUUUCUCACAAAAGAGACUCUCUGUCGGAAUUGUUCACAAGAUUUGGCAGCAGAAUGCCACAAACCCUUCAACAUUUGCGUUUGACGGGUAAAAGUUUGGAUGAUAUACACCCCAAUGUGAUGCCGAUACCGGAACAGCUGGUAGAAGACACAUAUUUCCGAAUAGAUCGCCAAGAGAUUUUACAGAUUUCAACAAUUAAAUCUCUUCGAAGCUUGAGCUGUGUUUUUGACAAUCUGUAUAACAUAUUUGUUCUGGAUCAAUUGCCCCAUUUGGAAAUUUUGACCAUAAAAGUGUCAACCUUUUUGGAAAAAGCUGAGAUAGAGGCAUUGAAAAUGCUAUUCAUCGGCCUAGCCACAAAACCCGAGCAAACACUUAAACGUUUGGAUAUUUCGGGAUUAACUAUUGACUUGCCUCUAUCAAAUGAAAUGGCAAAAAUUCAAUCAUUGCAAAAACUAGGCUGCAAGUUCUUGAACCCCGAAAGCAUUGAACCUCUCUCCAAACUUUAUCAACUUCAUACUCUGGAAAUUAAAUCCACACAUGACUUUAACAGUUUUUCUCAAGCAAUUCUACAAAUUUUAACAUUAACCAAUUCUGGUUCGUUUAAAAUAGAAUUUGAGUUACUAUACAGCUCCAUAUUUUACCGGAAUGACUUGAAAAAAAUUGAACUACAACUGGAUCCAGAAACGGAUGCAACGACGUUCGCUGCUUUGGGAGAUUGGGAAAUCUACUUGAAACUUAACAUAGUAAAAGAGUGCAAAGCAGGUUCCUUGCUAUCAUUAUUUGAAACACUUUCCAAAAGAAAAAACCACAAGCUCACGCACUUAUAUAUUAAGGAUAUGCCAAUCAACUAUAAAGAGACUCUUUUAAUUAGCGAGAUAAAAAGCCUCCAGGAAAUUGGCUGUUCAUUCUCAGAUCCCAGAAGUAUUAAACUCUUGCAUCGCCUCACCGCUUUAGAAUUAAUUAUCUUAAAAGAUAGAAUAUUAGCCAUCGAUAUAGUGAGUUUUUUAAACAGUUUUCAACAGCAAGAGAUAAUGAUUGAACACGGAAAUCGAAAAAUAAUCUAUAACAAAUCUCGAGGAUCGCUAAAUCUAAAAAACAACUCCCUCGAUGGUAAAGUUCAUGAUUAUAGCGAUUAUGCCUGCCUUGGAAAGUUGGAUCAUUUGAAGACUCUUCGUAUAGCUGGCAAAAAUAAUAGUUUUUCUUUGCAGAAAUUACUCAAAAAUAUAGCUUUACGUGCCAAUCUCUCUGAAUUGAUAAUAGAAAAAGAAGACUUCAAUGAAUUUACAACAGGUAAAUCAAACGUUGUAGAAAAUAUUCAAGUUGCAACUCCUGCAAUAACUCCAGAUGAGGUGAUGGAGAUCGUCAAAAUAAGGCCACUAAAAACAUUAAAAUGUGGCUUUUCCAAAAGCCAAAAUAUUGAGUUGUUAGCGGAACUAAAAGAACUUAAAAAUCUCACUAUAACAAGACAUCAGGCAGGAUCCUUACAAAGUCUUUUUGAAAAAAUUGCAAUGCAAACUUCAACAGCUCUUGAAUUUCUAAGCAUAGAAGAAAAUGCUCUUACCCUAAAUGAGUUGCGACCACUUGCGGGUAUAAAAACAUUAAAACGAUUAGAAGUUAAUUCAAUUAGUACUGAAAACCAGGACGGGCUACCAACGUUCGUUCAUCUGAAGGAACUCAUCAUAAGAUCCCAUCAUGGUGAAACACUUUUUAUCGAACCUGAACCUAGUUUCGAUUCAGUUUUAGAGAGCAUCAUCAUUAUGGGAGACCCUUUGGGGGUUCAAGAUGUUAUUGCACUAGCACAGUAUAAAUCAUUAAGAAAACUGCAAGUCAAUCUCCAACAAUUUAUGAGAAUCGAUCUCUUGUCUUCCCUGUGCAAGCUGGAAGUUCUUAACAUUCAGCUAUUAGGAAGUGAGACGCAUUCCAGUGGCUCAAUGAUACCAAAAUAUCCGUCAAACCUUCGAAAAUUGAAUCUUCAAUCUGUUGAUUGUAUCGUCGACGAAGCAGCAAUUGAACCUUUGGCACUACUUGAACAACUUGAGACAUUGAGUAUAACACUCCCGAAAAACACAUCUUUAGUGGCACUGCUACAGGCCCUAGCACAGAAAUCAAUACUUAAACAUCUGAUUAUAAAUAGAAAAUUAUUAGAUUCAGACGAAGAGUUAAACCUAAAAGAAAUCACAUCAUUGAACUCAGUUCAGUGUGGAUUUUUAAACGAUGCUUUUUUUUAUGAUCUACAAAAUCUUAUAAAUCUUAAAAGUGUAACGGUAACUUCACACCAUGAUUUUAUUAAUAUUUCGGAACCACUAUUGAACUUCUUAAAAUAUUGCACAAGAUUCGAUUCCAUCGACCUACCCAAUUGCAAUGGAGAAUUUGACGAAAAUUUCUUAAUGAAGGCGAAAUCAAUACUCGAAAAAAUCAGAUGUCCGAUCACACAAAAGCCCUUAGAACUUAGAAUGGGUUCUCCUACGAAUUUUGACCAGUAAUAUAUGGACUUGUGACCAAUGAUGAUCCCUUUGGCCUUCAUGAAAUGUUGAUAAGCAAAGCUAAAACUUAGUCGGAGCUAAUAAGCUAAGUAAGAAUAAUGGCAGCUUUAUAUCUAAUAUCCCGAUAUGAACACCCACAGGACAUGGACUCUAUAUAAUAAAUGACCAAAAGAUUCAAUAAAUUUUUGGCUUUUUUUUUAAGCUUAUGAAAAACUCUCAACUCUUUGACAAAGCAACUGUUGACAAACCAAAUGUUAAUUAUAACUGCAAAAAGAGAGAAAAUAAAAGAAAGAUGGCACUGGCAAGGACCGCA